AUGAUUAGAGCCUCUGUCGGCAAGCCGGCUCCUGACUUUACCGCUACGGCGGUCAUGGAUGGCAGGCUCAAAGAAAUCAGUCUGAGUGCUUACACGAGUGCCAACCACUGGGUCGCCCUCAUUUUCUUCCCCAAAGCCUGGUCGUUUGUCUGUCCAACCGAGAUUCGCGCCUUCAGCGAACGUCUUGAGGAGUUCCUUUAUUCUCGCUCUUGCGCUGUUGUCUUCGCUUCGACCGAUACUGAGCUAUGUCUUCGUGCCUGGAACCAUACCAACGAGAUGGAAGGGGGUCUUGGUGGUGUUCAUGUCCCUCUCAUGAGCGACAGCAACCACAAGAUCAGUCGCGACUAUGGCGUUCUGCUCGAGGAUGAAGGUGUCGCUGAACGCGCUCUCUUCAUCAUCGACCCCAAGGGAAAUGUCAGAAACAUCACCAUUAGUGAUGCAGAUGUCGGACGUAGUGUUGAUGAGACUCUACGUAUCAUCGACGCCCUCGCUUUCAAGGAUGAAUAUGGAGAGGGUUGUCCCGUCAACUGGAAAAAGGGCGAAGCUGGUCUGAAGAUGGCCGAGCAGACCAAAGUCGAGGGCCCCAUCGAGAUGAAGAAGUCCUGGUCUGAGUGGGCUAGACCCAAACUCCAGCGUGCCUGGAGCGGCCAAUCACAAAGAUCUGUUGGUAGUGGUACUCUCCGAAUUCUGAAUACGUUCAAGUCGGUCUCGGAAACACCACCUUCACCGCUUAUUUCUCCCACUAGCUCCGCCUUUAGCAUGGAGAGGAACAUGGAAGCCGCCAUGGCCAAUCACAACAUCGGUCUUGCUACUUAG